AUGGGUCUUUUAACUAGAGUAGCAGCUAGCAGGCAAUUCUCUACCACGAGAAAUGUUGCCAAAAAGCUGAACAAAUAUUCCAGUAUCAUCACCGAACCUAUGGACCAGGGUGCUUCCCAAGCCAUGCUUUACGCCACUGGGUUUAAGAAGGAUGAUUUUGCCAGAGCUCAAGUUGGUGUUGGUUCUUGUUGGUGGUCUGGUAACCCAUGUAAUAUGCACUUGUUGGAUCUGAACAAUAGAUGUUCUCGUUCCGUUGAGAAAGCUGGGUUGAAACCUAUGCAAUUUAACACUAUUGGUGUUUCCGAUGGUAUUUCCAUGGGUACCAAGGGUAUGAGAUACUCUUUGCAAAGUAGAGAAAUCAUUGCCGAUUCUUUUGAAACCAUCAUGAUGGCCCAACAUUACGAUGCUAACAUUGCUAUCCCAUCUUGUGACAAAAAUAUGCCAGGUGUUCUGAUGGCUAUGGGUCGUCAUAACAGACCUUCCAUUAUGGUUUACGGUGGUACCACUUUGCCAGGUCAUCCAACUUGUGGCUCGUCCAAGAUCCCUGAAAAGAUUGACGUUGUCUCUGCUUUCCAAUCCUAUGGUCAAUAUAUCUCCAAGAACUUCACUGAGCAAGAAAGAGAAGAUGUUGUUCAACACUCUUGUCCAGGUCCAGGUUCCUGUGGUGGUAUGUACACUGCUAACACUAUGGCCUCUGUUGCCGAAGUUUUGGGUAUCACUUUACCAAACUCCUCUGCCUUCCCAGCUGUCUCUGAUCAAAAAUUGAAUGAGUGUGAUAGCAUCGGUGAAGCGAUCAAAAAUACUAUGGAACUAGGAAUUCUUCCUCGUGAUGUCUUCACUAAGGAAGCCUUCGAAAACGCUAUCACUUACGUCGUUGCCACCGGUGGUUCGACUAAUGCCGUUCUUCACAUGGUUGCUGUGGCCCAGGCAGCUGGUGUUAAGAUUACCCCUGAUGAUUUCCAAAGAAUCAGUGACAAGACCCCAUUGAUUGGUGACUUCAAGCCAUCCGGUAAGUACGUUAUGGCUGAUUUGAUCAGAAUCGGUGGUACACAAUCUGUGAUCAAAUACCUAUUCGACAAUGGUCUUCUAAACGGUAACGCUAUCACCAUUACUGGUGAAACAUUGGGUGAACGUGCCGCAAAGGCAGUCGCUUUACCUGAAGGUCAGGAUAUUAUCAAGCCUAUCUCUCAACCUAUCAAACCAAACGGUCACCUGCAAAUUCUAUACGGUUCCUUGGCUCCAGGUGGUGCUGUCGGUAAGAUUACCGGUAAGGAAGGUACUUACUUCAAGGGUAAAGCUCGUGUCUUCGAAGAAGAGUCCGCUUUCAUUCGCGCUCUAGAGAGGGGUGAAAUCAAGAAAGGUGAAAAGACAGUGGUUAUUAUCAGAUACGAGGGUCCAAAGGGUGGUCCAGGUAUGCCAGAGAUGUUGAAACCUUCUUCUGCUUUAAUGGGUUACGGUCUUGGUAAAGACGUUGCCCUAUUAACUGACGGUAGAUUCUCUGGUGGUUCCCACGGUUUCCUAAUCGGCCACAUCGUUCCAGAAGCCGCUGAAGGUGGUCCAAUCGGUUUGGUCACAGAUGGUGAUGAAAUUAUCAUCGAUACCGAUAACAACAAGAUCGACUUAUUGGUCGCUGACCAAGAGAUGGCUGAACGUAGAGCCAACUGGACUCCCCCUCCACCUCGUUACACCAGAGGUACUUUGGCCAAGUAUGCUAAGCUAGUCGGUAACGCUUCCCAAGGUUGUGUCACUGAUGCUUAA